UUUCUUAGACACCUCGGGAUCUCAGUUUGGUCUGAACGUCUGUGUCAUGUCUUAUAAAUAUCUGAGCUCUUUCUUCUAUUCAACAGUCUGUAAUCUCAAGCAGAGUCUCUCUGUCGUCUCUGUCUCCUUCUUCAGCAUACACAACACACAUACAAACACUUCUGUAUAUAUAUAUAGUGAGUUAGAGUGGUUUUAUCUGACCAAAAUUCAUUGAACAUGGCUGUUGUUGUAUCCUCUAACGGGAAUGGUCCGGCUUUUGAAGCCAAGAUGACUGUCUAUGUCUUCGUCUGCGUUAUGAUUGCUGCUGUCGGCGGUUUGAUCUUCGGUUACGACAUCGGAAUUUCCGGUGGAGUGACGGCGAUGGAUGAUUUCUUGAAGAAAUUUUUCCCUUCGGUGUGGGAGAGGAAGCAGCACGCUCAUGAGAACAAUUACUGCAAGUAUAAUAACCAGUACUUGCAACUAUUCACAUCGUCUCUUUACCUAGCCGCCCUCGUGGGCAGCUUCUUGGCUUCAGCCGUAUGUUCCAAACUUGGAAGGAAGCCCACUAUGCAGUUUGCUUCUGUCUUUUUCUUGAUCGGUGUCGGGCUAGCCGCAGGAGCCGUUAACAUCGUCAUGUUGAUCAUUGGAAGAAUCAUGCUUGGCUUGGGUGUAGGCUUUGGCAAUCAGGCAGUGCCCCUCUUCCUAUCAGAGAUUGCUCCAGCACAGCUCAGGGGAGGUCUCAACAUUGUGUUCCAACUCAUGGUCACAAUUGGAAUACUAAUAGCCAACCUUGUCAACUACUUCACUGCCACCGUUCACCCUAACGGAUGGAGAAUGGCUCUCGGCGGAGCCGGAAUCCCCGCCGUUAUCCUCCUCUUCGGUUCACUGAUCAUCUGCGAGACUCCCACAAGUCUCAUCGAGCGCAACAAAAACGAAGAAGGCAAAGAAACCCUAAGGAAGAUCAGAGGAGUUGAAGAUAUAAACGAGGAGUAUGAAUCUAUCGUCCAUGCAUGUGAGAUUGCGAGUCAAGUGAAGGACCCUUACAGGAAACUGUUGAAACCAGCGAGUCGACCACCUUUAAUCAUUGGAAUGCUUCUCCAGUUUUUCCAGCAGUUUAGUGGAAUCAAUGCUAUUAUGUUCUACGCACCGGUUUUGUUCCAGACCGUUGGCUUUAAAAGUGACGGAGCUCUUCUCUCUGCGGUUAUCACUGGAAGCAUCAACGUUCUUAGUACGUUUGUUGGGAUCUACCUUGUCGAUAGAACUGGCCGGAGGUUCCUUCUUUUACAAUCUUCCGUUCACAUGCUCAUUUGUCAGUUGGUCAUUGGAAUCGUCCUAGCGAAAGACUUGGGAACGACGAGUACAUUAGGGAAGGCACAAGCCAUGGUGGUUGUGGUCUUUGUCUGCCUUUACGUGAUGGGAUUCGCGUGGUCAUGGGGACCUUUAGGAUGGCUAAUUCCCAGCGAGACGUUUCCUCUAGAGACUCGAAGUGCAGGAUUCGCUGUUGCAGUCUCGUGCAACAUGUUAUUCACGUUCGUGAUCGCACAAGCGUUCUUGUCAAUGCUUUGCGGGAUGAGAUCAGGAAUAUUCUUCUUCUUCAGCGCUUGGAUCAUUGUGAUGGGACUGUUUGCUGUGUUCUUUAUACCGGAGACAAAGGGAGUGGCUAUUGAUGAUGUGCGGGAGAGAGUGUGGAAGCCACAUUGGUUCUGGAAAAGGUAUAUGCUUGCUGAGGAUGAUCAUCAAGACGUGGAGAAGAGAACUGAAUGAUAUCAUGUCUUUGUUUUGUUUUAUUUUUUCUUGUUAAUGUUUGCAACUCUUUCGUUAGCUUCUUUUGUUUUGUGGGAAGAACAAAUACUGAGAUAAGACCAGCUUGUUGAUUCAGGUUAGGUAUUUCUAUCAAUGAAUAUUAAUGAAAAAUUUCUGACAGUUUACAUAUUACUUAUCUAGAAUUAUAUGUU